AGGAAAAAUCAAGCUUGACAGAUGCUAAUUUAUGGGUAUAUCAUUAUUUAUAGAUGUCUUACUAAUUAGAGAUCUCUUAUUGAUGUCUCGUUAGAACGAUUGUAUCGCAUACCAAUAUCAGGAUUUUUUUCGAUGGAUCGGAUCGAUAAUGCCGGUAAUAAUAGAUUUCUGUUUUACCAACAGAAUGAAUGUCGAUGUUAACAAAUGAAUGUUCUUGUUUACCGACCGAGUAAAAACGUUGAUAAUUGUAAAUUUCUCUUUGACCGACCGAGUAAGAAUUUUGAUAUUAGUAGAUUCCUAUUGUACCGAUCGGUUCAAAAUGAUGAUAAUAAUGUAUUCCCAUUUUAUCGACCAAUUUAGAAAAUUGGUAAUGAUUGAUAUGGUUACAAAAAAAAACUGAAUCAGGAUAUAUUUAAAUCUAUCCAAUUAAUCAGGGAAACAAUCAAUCCCUAAGGAUUUGUACAUGUUCAUGAAAGAUGAACUAAAGAAUCUUUAUUUAGAUCUGAUUCUUGUUUCUCUCCCUAUAUUAUCACGAUUUGUCGGGACAAAGUUUUUCUUUUCAUAAAAGGAUUGUCGAAUGCUCUAUAAUAGUGAUUAAGACACUAAACAAAGAAAAGGAUAUAUACUGAAAUGGCCGUCACAAAUUGUGACUCAAGUGAAUAAUUAUUAGAGUAUUGAGUUAUUUUCAAAGAUUCAUCAAAAUCUUUUGAGAAUAGAUAUAUUCAUUAUAUUUUAAUUUUACCACGUUGUCAGUCGAAAUGCUCUUAUGCUUUGGGAACUAGAAUUUUCGAUAGCUCAUGUCAAACCCGAGAACACGGAUUUUAGAAUAGGUUCACUAGUUAUUCUAACACUUGUAUACUAAUUUACUUACUAAUUAAUUUCUAAUUAAUUUGCAUUGCAGAAACAAAAUUCCUUGCUUACAUUUAUAGUUCACAUUUUGUCCAUAGCUGUCGCUGAAGUCUCACGCUUCCAACGGAAGAUGAUAAACAGUCUUAAUGUAAUUUCUUAUCGAAAGAUAAAACAGGGUUCUAGAUAUGCAAAGAUAUCAGUAUAAAUAUUAAUAUAUAUAUAUAUAUUUUUUUUUUAAAUUAUAAUAUAUAUGCAUAUAAAUAUAUAUAUACAUAUUAAUUCUUAUUAUUAUUUUUUGUGAAUAAAUUUUUGUAAAUUGCACGUAAAACUUAUCUAUUGAGUAACAUUAUUUAUGUUGCAGAUAUUUUGUUCUUCUUUUUUAAUUUGACACUUAUUAUAAAUUAUAUUCAUUUUAAUAUGAAAAAAAAAGUACUACAUUUAUGUAUAUAUAUAUAUAUAUAUAUGUAUAUAGAAUAAUCUGAAAAUAAUCGUGUUUCUAUUAAUUGAAAUUAAUUUAGAAAUGAAUUAUAUGAUAUUUCAUAUUUACCGCGUAAAAUCUUAUCUCUUGGUAACAAUGUAGCAAACGCAGAUAACUUCAGAUAGAUAAUGUUAUAUACUACUAUGGAAGUAACCUUGUUAUACGUUGAAAUUUUGGAUAAGUGUGUAACUUAUUAUGAAUUAUUAAAUAUUAUGUAAAAAUUAUAACUCUAUAAUUUAGUGUUAUUUUAACGAUUGUUAUUUGUUUAAAAGAGUAUUUUUAUUUUCAAUAAUAUAUUACUCAUUCAUACAUUUAACAUUUAACCAUACCAAGUAUAUAUUGUCAGAAGGGGAAAAAAGAAAUAAGUAUUUUAAUAGAUAAAUUAAUAUAAAAUAAUGAAGAAUCGAUCUAAUAAUGUGAAAUGGAAAUAACUUUUUUUGCGACAGUAUACGUGAAAUUUAUUGAGACACUGAUUUUCAAUGAUUACAUUGACAGGACCUAACUUAACAGGAGUAAGGUGAAACUAGGUUCAUUGGGAAGAUCUUUAAAUAUAAAUCAAUUCAUAUGAGCGGGUAAAAUAAUUCUACAUUAUGGAAGCUCAUGAAAAUGAACAAUACGUUACAUUUCCACUUUCUGGAGUACAUGAUAAUAUUCAAGAAAAUAUAAUAUCACACGAAGAGAUAUGUGAACCUGUUGAUGAUUGUGUACUACAAGAUGGUUUAAAUGAAGUUCCUGUUAAUGAUGUUAAUACUGAUAUUCAAGAAGCUCAUGUUGCUGUCGAAAUUUUACCUGAUAGAUCGGACGAGGAAGAUGAAAAUCGUAGCGUUUAUCCUAUAUAUAUCAAACAGGAGGAACAACAACAAUAUACUUCUGGUGAUGACGAAUCAAUGGCUGUUGAAGCACUUCGUCAAUUAGGUGGCAUGUAUCCUUGUUUUGAAAAUAAAAAAGUCAGUUGUCCUAAUUGUGCUAAUUUGUUCACACAAAUUGAAUUUACCAAACAUCAGGGUACGUGUAAUAUAAGUAAGUUAUCAUGUCCAACAUGCGGAGAAACAUUUGAAAGGAAAAUGGAUUUAAAUAAUCAUAUGGUUUGUCAUCAAGUUGAUCGACCACAUGCAUGUAGAACAUGCGGUAAUUUGUUUCGUUCUAAAAGCAGUCUUCAAUCGCAUAUGUUACAAGUUCAUCAGAUAGAAAGACCUCAUAAAUGUACCAUUUGUGGUGCAGACUUUCAAAGACCAUCUAGCUUAUCAAAUCAUAUGAAAAUACAUACUUAUGUAGCUGGACGUGCUAUAAUGCAAUCAAGAGGAAAUAAUCAAUUGUCACAGUCUGUGGAUACAUUUAGAAAAUGGUCUGAAAAUAAUACGUCUGAAUCACAAAAUGUACCUGUUCCAUCUUCGACUGUUCAAACUGUACAAAAUUAUAAUGCUUGUCAAGUUCAUUGGGCUGUUCCUGCUUAUACUUUUCAAAAUGAACAAUCGUCUACUGUCAAUACAAUCUCUAAUCAUGAUGAAAAAAUAGAUACACUGCAUGAAUUUAAUGUAUUACCUAAUGGUGAAGUAACACAAUUUGAAUAUACACAACAAAAUAAUAUGAAUAAUCAAAUCAAUCAACAAUACAGUUUAUCCCUUAACACAUUUAAUAAUUCAGACAGUAUGGUCAAAGUUGAGGCACUUACAUAUAAUAAUGACAGUAGAAGAAAUUAUGUGGAUAUGGGGACAGAUGUUAAUAAACAGCAUACAUGUAGUCAUUGUGGUAUUAGUUUUUCAAGAGCAAUAGCAUUGGUAUCACAUGAAAAGAUUCAUACAUCUAAAAACUGGAUGCCCAUUGAAUGUGAAUAUUGUGAUAAACAAUUUCAAGAUGCAAAUCAUUUGGCAACUCAUCAAACUACUUGCACAAAAAAAAUUAUGCAGAAUAAUAUAGAUCAAGGUGUUUCAAAUAGUAAAUGGGGAAAACAUGCUUGCUCUGAAUGCGGAAAGAAAUUUACAACUAAACAGAAAAUGUUUAGGCAUCAAUGGAUACAUAGAAAGAAAACUCAUUGUUGUGAAGUUUGUGGAACACAAUUUGAAAAACAAAAUCAAUUAGAUAAGCACAGAUUGUCGGCCCAUCCUGGUGAUUCACCAUUUACCUGUACGGAAUGUGGAAAAAGUUUUGUAUCACGUCAAGGUCUUUGGGAACAUGGUAGAACUCAUGCAGGAAGUCCAGCACAUUUUCAUUGUGAUACUUGCUCAAAAACGUUCUCCUCGCGACAAGGAUAUUUAAUUCAUCAUCGUACUCAUACAGGUGAAAGACCAUAUGGUUGUAAAUUUUGUUGGAAAGCAUUUAGAGAUGGUGGUACAUUAAGAAAACACGAACGAAUUCAUACUGGUGAAAGACCACACGUAUGUCCUUUAUGCUCUAGAGCUUUCAAUCAGAAAGUUGUUCUUCGUGAACACGUUCGAUGGGUUCAUGCUGCAGGAAAAAAUGAAACUGAAGUUACAGGACCACCUUAUCCUUGUCCUUUAUGCGGUGCUUUAAAUCAAGAUCGUGAUGAAUUGUGCGCCCAUAUUGUUAAACAUUCGGAUCAAAUGAUAGCCGAAGCAAAAGCAAAAACAAAUAAUAAUGCUCCUAAGUCACGACCUACGAGAAAAAAAACUAAAGCAUCAAUCGUUGAAGGUACACAGGAGAAACCAAAUCUAGAUAAUAAUGAAAUUUCAAGAUUAGAACAAAAUAAAGCAUUAUUAUCUAUAACAGAAGCAAUGGAUAAAACAGAGUGUCAACAAAUUGUAAAUGAUAAACAAAAUAAUACUUAUCUCGUUGUUACUGCUGAAAGACAUAAUGAAAACUUAAUUGCUAUAUCGGAGCUUAAACACAAUAAUGUAAGAUUAAUAUUAGAUGACAAACAAAAUGAAAAUGUGAAUAUAACACAGAAUGAUCAUGAUCGUGCAGAUUCAUAUUUAAUUACUAUGAAUAAACAAAAUGACACUACACAUAUUUUACCAGAUAAUAAUGCUCUUCGUGCUAUAACUACAACCAGAAACGAUGAAGUUGAUACAAUGCAUUUAAUACAAUCCUCUAAACAAAGUAAUACUUUACAUUUAUUAUCAAAACCAAAUGAGUCACUUCCCGUUCUGACAAUAAGUAAUAAUCCAGAAGAUCAUGAAAAUUAUUCUAGUCAAAUAGCGCAGAUAGGAAGUACCGAUCUACCUAUGGAUAUGGCUACACAUGAUACAUCUAGAGAAGAUCAGGCAAUAAAAAGUCACAAUGGGAAUAGGCAGGAAUCAUUAUUACACGAAGGAGUUUCUCAAGGAACAGUUAUACAAAUUGUUCAUUAUCAACAAGAUAGUGAUGAUGGAGAAGAACUAGUUUGUGGUAUAUGUGGGGAAGAUUUUACAGAUAAAAACAUAUUAAUGGAACAUGUUAAAAUUCAUAUAUAAUUAAAAAAAUAUUUUAAUUUUAAAAGAAAAGAUGGGAAUUAUUUGUUAUUAUAAUUAUUAUGUCAAAUUGGGAAUCAUCAUGAAUAAUAUAAUACCGAAUAGUAAUAGGCUCUGCACUGUUUUUCUAUGAGCUUUAAAAAAAAAAUGCACUGUUUUAAUUAAUUGAGAUAAAGAUUGAUUUUACAUUUAUAAAAAAAAAAAAAGAUUAUAUAUAUUAUAAUGGAUUAAUUCCAAGUAACACACACACACACACACACACAUAUAUAUAUAUAUAUAUAUAUAUAUAUAUUAAAAUUAAUAUAUAUAUAUUAAAAGUACCUUAGUUUUUUCAUCAUAUAUGAUUUACCAUUGGUAAAAGUAACACGAGUGUAAAUAAAGACUUAUUAAAGGCAUUUAUAAUGUACAGCAUGACAAAGACAAAAAAUAAAAUUGCCUUUUAUUUUAUAUAAUAAUCAAGCAGUUAUUUUUAAUACCACAUUUGUUAUAUCAUAUACUUGGAAAAAAUUUAUAUUAUUCGAAAAGUACAAAUUCAAAUUUGACGUUACUUGUUUGAAUUGAAUACAUAUUCAAGUCACGUGACUUGACGGAUCAAAGUAAAACAAAAUGUCCGCGCAUAGAUAAAUAUUAACACGUUCGAGAUACGAGAGAAUCAAUAAUUUGAACCGUGAGCUCUGGUGCGGUCUACCUGCUAUUACAGAAGACAUCUUCUUCAAUGGUAUCAACUUCUUGUGCUUGAUCAUCGACAACCAUGAUAGGUGUUGCACCAUCAUGAAGACUUGAUUUAGAUUUAGAUCUUUUGUAAACAUCUCUGGUGACACUUCUGGUGAAGCUGAAUUUUCGUACAAGUUUCUUAUCCAACGCAGCAGGACUCUUAGGACCUUUAGCUCUGAAUUCAUCUUCUGUACCUUGAUAGUGUGCCAAUAAGACUUCUGUUGCAUGUUCUUCAAUAACUUCAAUGGCAUAGUCAAUGUCUUCUUCUGUUGCACUCUCUCUUGUGACACAAAAUCUCAAGGUAUACUUACUCAUUACUCUAGCAGGAAUCAUAUGUAAUCUUCCAGAUGCAUUGAUAUUCGCCAAGAGUUCCUGAUUAAUUUCAUCAGAUUCUUUCAAACGAAAACACACCAGACCAGCACGUACAUCAUUCACAAUUUCAAAUCUUCUAUCUUUCUUCAUUAGAGCUUCGAAUCUUCUUGCUAAUCUGAUAUGAUUUCUUAUAUAUUUUUGUAGCCCAGUAAUACCAUAAGUCCUCAUGACAAACCAGAGUUUCAAAGCUCUGAAUCUUCUACUCAAUGGUAUACCCCAAUGACGAUAAUCAAUGGAUUCCCCUGAUCUAGCAUGUUGAAGAUAAAGAGGAUCCACGACCAAAGCAGAAGUUAAUUUAACUCUAUCUCGUACCCAUAAACAGGAACAAUCAAAGCUAACCAAUAACCAUUUAUUAGGAUUUGUAUUGAAGGAAUCAGCAUGUUCGAUUCCAGCCAUGAAAGGUCUCAUUUCUGGACAGAUAAAAGAAUUACCGGCGUAAGCACCAUCCACGUGUAACCAAAUACUAGGAUAGAGCUUACAAACCGGUCCAAUUUCAACGAGAUUAUCAAAAGAACAUGAUCCAGUUGUACCUAAUGUUGUGGAUACAAAAAAAGGUACCAAACCAUUAGCCACAUCUUCUUUAAUCGCUGAUUCUAGUCUUUUACCACGAAGAGAAGCUUUAUCAUCCGGCUGGAGUACUCUUAAUUUAACCAAACUGAUCAUUGCUGCCUUCUCCACGCAUGAAUGAGCUUCAGUUGAGCAAUAAGCAACCAAUCUUGGCAAGAAAGCAGAAUCUUCGGUAUCUGGUUCCUGUUCCUUCAAUAAUCUGAUAGCUUGAGUUCGUGCUGCUAGCAUUGUCACUAAAAUGCACUCUGAUGCAGAACCUUGAAUAACUCCACCACCUUUAGAAGUCUUCUCUUCGGAUAGAAAUUCUCUUGGAUUUUCUAAUCAUGAUAGUUCUAAUUAUUACGUUCUGCCGUUCGGUGAUCUUCCACGAGAUGGUGAAGCUGUUGGUGAUGGUUCUGGGCUACAUCCAUUACUACUACCGCGUCUGCUUCCAGUACCACUUGCUUUCAAUCUUACCAUUGUAUCCAAAUGCCGAAAUCUGAAGGAUCCAAGAAUUCAUUAGAAUUAAUUAACAUUUAUUAUUAUAAUACAUUAUUAUUUUAUACCUUAAUGAUAAUUCAUUUGUAUCAGUUCCAUCUCUUGAAUUCAUCAAAUAUGCUAAUGGCCAAGAUAUCCACGAAUGUCUAAGAUUGUAUAAAAAUAAUAUUAUUACAUGACCUUGGGUAAACACGUCAAAAAAAUAUAUAAGAAUGUUUAUAUAAUAUGUUUGCAUUUACGUUGCAGUGUUCGUAUUUGUUCCAAUACCGCCGAUUGUUGCUUGAGUAUCAAGCUUUGCUCCAGUUCUGUUUGGUGUUUUGGUAAAGCCUGGUUGUAUAGCUGGAUCAGACACCAUGCGAACGAAAAAAGAUCGUCUUUGUUCCAAUGUAGCUUUCCUUUUCUUCUCGCGAAUAUCAGCUAACUCGUCCAUCACGUCCUACAAAAUUUGAUUUUGAAAUUAUUUCAAGAUCAAAACUAUAUAAUUAUUUUAUAUAUCAUUUUAUUUAAAUUUUGUACCUUAGAUUCUAAUAAUUCUGCCAAGUAGUCUGUUAUAAUGGACCAAGCUAGAUCUAUAAUAGAAGAUUAUUUAUGUACUGUUCUUUUCUUUUUUUUUUUUUUUUUUGCUUAGAAAUAGCUUGAAAUAAGGAUUCUGUAUAUGUUUCGAUAAAAUUCUAGAUCUUCCUUGAGUAAUCUCGUUCUAUUUCUUAAUUUUAUGUAAAUUUUUUAUUACAAUGACAUGUCAUUCCGUAUAUUAAGAUUUUCUUUAGAAAUUAUUUACAAUUUAAUUCAAUUUUAUUAAUCAAGAAUCUUGAUUUUUUAACUUACCAACAUCACGAGCGGAUGCAUUUGGUGCAGCAAGAGCAAAACGAAUCGUAUAACGUUGAUUUACACGAGCCGGUACCAUGUGUAUCUUUCCUGAAUCAUUAAUGGUACUUAGAAGUUUUUGAUUAAGUUUAUCAGAACCUUUUGCUCGGAAACAUACCAGACCUAACUGUUAAAAAUUAAAUUGAAAUCAACUUAAAAGAAUUUCUUUUAAUUUAAAAAAGAUAUAUAUAUUAAUGAUGAGAAAAAUAUUUCUAACCACAACAUCAUUGCAGAUUUCAAAUCUUGAAUCCUUCCUCACCAAAGCUUCGAAUCUCUUUGCAAGUUGGCAAUGAUUGCGAAUGUACGAUUGUAAUCCAGAUAUUCCAUAGUUUCUCAUAACAAACCAUAAUUUUAAUGAACGAAAUCGUCUACUUAAUGGUAUACUCCAGUGUCUAAAAAUGAAUUAUUAUGAAAAUAAUAAUUAGAUCUAAAGUAAUAUCGUAAAAUCAAAUCAAUUAGAUUACCUGUAAUCUAUUGCAGUAUCAGCGUGUGUAUGUUGAAGAUAUAAUGGAUCAACGACUAGGGCACUUGUUAAUUUGAAUCUAUCUUUUACCCAUAGACAAGAACAAUCAAAAUAAAAGCAUUCCCUGCAUAUGCUGCAUCUACAUGUAACCAAAUCUAUAAACGAAAUAUUUAUUAAUCGGACAAUUGUUUGAAACAAUUAUUAAUAUUUAUUAAUAUAUUCAAAAAUCAAUUUAUUAAGAUUGGACCAAUUUCCUUUAAAUUAUCAAAGGAACAACAAGCAGUUGUGCCAAGGGUUGUAGAAACAAAAAAGGGCACGAAACCUUCUGCGGUGUCAGCUUCGAUAGCCUGAAAUAUUUUUCGUGAAUAUUAUUCAAAGGAACAAACAAUUAAAAAUCUUAUUGAUUGAUAAUGACUGACCCAAGAAAAACCGAUACAUCCAAUCGCAUCAGAAAGCAUAUCACCAAGAAUCGAUGGGAAAGAAUUUCCAGCUGGGAAAUAUGCAUGAAAUCUUGGAUGUUGCCAGUGUGUGAUCUAAAACACACAUAUGGAUAUAAAUAAUUUUUCUAUUUUUAUCAAUUUUCUUAACAGAGUUUUUUUCUUUGGUUUUUUUUUUUGAUUUUUUUUUUGAUUUUUUUUUUUUUUUUUUAUAUAAAAUAUAAUA